AUGCGGCGCGCGGCGCUGCGUCGGCCCGAGACGCUGACCGACAAGUACCGUCUGCUCGGGAAGAUCGGCGAAGGCACGUACGGUAUGGUGUUCAAAGCAGAGGCGUCUGCGAGCGCUGUGCACCCGCGGGCGGCCGCAGUGGCCGUGCCCUCUGCCGGUGCCGCGUCCCAGUCGGCCGCGUCGUCGUCACUCUCGGCCGCGGCUGUCCCUCUCUCGAGUGCCACCGACGCCCCGGACGAGCGCCUGACGUUUGCCAUCAAACUCGUCAAGUCGCACAAAGAGGGCAAGAACGACGUGGUGCUCUCCAGCGCGACGGUGCGCGAGAUCAAACUGCUGCGGGAGCUGCACCACGACAAUGUCGUGCACCUGCACGACGUGCACGUGGACGCGCGGGACAAGUCGCUGGCGCUCGUGUUCGAGUACGGGGACCACGACCUGCACGACAUUAUCGUGCAGAGUAAGCAGAAGCCGCUGGGCGAGUACACGCGCAAGUCGCUCAUGUUUCAGAUCCUCAAGGGCGUCGACUAUAUGCACGACGCGUGGGUCAUGCACCGGGACAUGAAGCCGCAGAACAUCCUCGUGGUGGGGCACGGACGCAAACGGGGACAAGUCAAGUUGGCAGAUUUGGGGCUCGCACGGAUAUACAAGGAACCGAUCAAGGCUUUGUCGGACGUCGAGCGGGUGGUCGUGACACUCUGGUACCGCGCCCCCGAGUUGUUGCUUGGCGCCAAACACUAUACAAAAGCAGUGGACCUCUGGGCGGUCGGCUGUAUUUUCGUUGAGCUCAUCAACACGCGCGAGCUGUUUUGUGGGAAAGAAGUGGAAGGGUCGAAUGCACCGUUCCAGAAAGAUCAGCUGGAUAAGAUAUUCAAGGUCUUGGGUAUGCCAACGCCACAGGCGUGGGAAGGGCUCGAGAAUCUGCCAGAGUAUCAUCACGUAGUGCAGAUGGGACGCGAGCGCAAGUACCCGACACAGUCGGAGCUGAAAAACGCAGUCAAGGUUGGGCCAGGCCGGGCUGGAGCAGCUUUGCUGGAUUUGCUCUCGAGACUGUUGGAAUAUGACCCUGAAACACGCAUUACAGCAAAAGAAGCGCUUGAACACGAGUACUUUACUGACAUUGAGCCGGAGCCGCGAGAUUGGGCAUUCGACGAGCCUGGCAAGGAGCCCAUUUCUUUUCGCACGCAAACUGUGGAGCCCGUGAGCGAUGACAUUUUUCCGUGGAAGAACAAGAAGGAGGGCACAGUGGGAGCAGAGGCUAGACAGUCGGAAAGCGGUGCAUGCAGUCCUCAUCGAGACGGUCCUGGCAGCCACUCUUCACAGCAUCACAAUGACCAUCGCGGGCGCGACGCUCACUCGCGAAGUCGCAGCCACCAUGGCUCACGAGAUGGUCAGCAACAUUCCCAGCGGCGCAACGAUCGCAACCAUGCGGGAGAUGCCGGUACGCGAAACAGAGGAGCGUUUGCAGGAGGGAAUGCGCCAGGUCGCGGUGGAUCUGGCUGGAGAGAUCGAGGAUCGGGGCGUUCAGGUGGCGCUGCAGCCACAAACGCUGGCGCUAUGGCAGGAGUGAAGCGAUCAGGGGGUGGUGAACCCGGUGGUGGCGGUUCGAACUCGGGGCGUCUUCGGAGUCCCAAGCAACAACGACGGCGUUGA